AUGGGCGAGACUCGAGAUUAUUACGCGGACCUGGAGUUGCCUUCGACCGCAGAUAUAACGGAAAUCAAGAAGCAGUAUCGCAAACUCGCCCUGAAAUACCACCCAGACCGAAACCCUGGACGAGAGCAAGAAGUGAAUGCCAAGUUUCAGAUCAUUCAAUGUGCAAUCGAAGUCCUGGGAGACGCGACCGAAAAAGCCAGAUACGAUGCAUCCUACAGUGGUAGAACCAGCCGUUAUCCUACAGCAUCUGGGCGCAAAGGCAACCCAUGGUCCGAGGCCGCACAAAACUUUCCUCCACCACCACGCCGCAACCCUCCCGGUGGCAAGCCAGCAGCUCCAGGUGGAGGAGCUCAAAGGUGGUCCUCCAGGUUUUCAGCUGGUGUUCCGCCUACAGCCAAGCAAUAUACCAAUGCAGACCCCGAAACCAAGAAGAAUGCAGCAAAGGCCUUUGACACUAUGCGUAAGUCGCAGGCCAAGAAACCACAAGCAAAGCCCGAACCGCCGCCGCCCCCUCCCCGUACGCAGACAGGAAGGGAGCGUGCCGAAGCGUCAUUUGGGACGAGAACCACGGGUCAAGCAACUCGGCCAACAGCGACCCAGCAUGACCCUUCCUACCGAAAACCCGCGCCACAGCAUUACGACAUUAGAUCGCAGCAACAGUCUCCCAUGCCAGACCCUUUGAGUCAGUUUAGGGACAAUGGUGCACAAUCGGAUGCCCGUUAUAGCUCGCAGUACAGCACGCAUGGUGGAGAAAAGAUUGAUCCGUUUGAGGGCAUACAAAGGACCGCUAGCAAUUCAGGGGACGAUGCUACCAGGCGAUCGAGGGCCAAUAACCAUGACAGCGGGACAGCAGGUGCUUACGCAAAAUCUGCUUACCAGCAACAGGCUCCGCGCAGUGAAAAUGUUGUUACGACUCAUGCCCAGCCAGAUACGGAAAAUAUGUAUGCAAAUAUUCCCAGAACCUAUCCGCUCGAUACUCCUCGACUACAUUCGCCCCGAAGCAAAUCUGCCUCAUCGUCGUUUUACUUUGGAUCGUUAUCAAGUGUUUACAAUCCUCAACCUGACAACACAGCAUCUAGUGGAUGCCUAUCUGCACCGCAAGAAAGUCCGCGGUUUGAGCAGCAGCUGCAACAAAUGCUCGCUCGUCUCAUUCAUGCGAACGACCCUAAUACAUUUUAUUUACCACACGAGUCUUACAGAAAAGGAGAAUUUGCUGACAAAGCUCGCGAUAACAGCUUCAGUUUCAAGGUCGACGAUGAUACUUUCCAUACCUCGAGCCAGUCACCUUCACGCCGAGGUCCUGCUCAUCAAAGCAGCUUUGACAAGACUAACCUAGAUGGCAUCAAUACCAAAUUCUCAAAAGAGUCUGCGAACAAUCCGUGGAAUUUCACCGCAGGUUCUCCUACUAAUAGGCCGGGCGCUCAUCAGUCCAACCCAGAGUCACCAAACCCGAAGCCAAGCAGUGACCCUGGCACAACAGAAGCGCCAGUACAUGAGACAGGCUUCAAUCCCGGCGGCUGGAGCGACAAGUUUGGUCCGCAAACCUUUAUUCCGCAACAAGCACCUGCCGGUUCAGCAUCGCCAACAAGGGCAUCGCGUACAAACUCGAGAAAGAAUAGACCUGUCAAGUCGAAUGCGAAUAAUCCUAUUGUGAUCGAUGAUAGCGAUGAAGAAGACUUGUAUGACUGGUCUGGACGCAAGGCUCAGACCCAAGACCAGGCGACAGAGAGCCCGAUGGACAUAGAUACUCCUCCAGCGGUACCACCUCGACCACCACCGUCUGCUCGUGACAUUUACGUUGAACCGACCCGACCUGAGUGGCGAUCGGAUGACGCGCAGCCAGCCACCGAGAACUCACAGUCAGCCGCACAGAAAUCUGCACCGACGAGUCAUGUUGGAACCCCUUCUGUGCCGCAUGCGCGAGGCUCUGAGGACAGCGAGGAGUUUCUAGCAAGCUUUGAAGAUUUCAAGAAUGUAGCGCCCUUUGCGCAGCCAAAGGCAGGACUACAAUCGUUCAGUGACCUCAAGGACAAUCUACCUUUUGAGUCCAAGGCAUCUGACGAGGUACCGUUGCAAAUGCCCAAAGUCCAGCCUCUUGUCUUUCCCAUACCACCAGUCGCACCUCGACCACCCCCUACUGUUGCUAUCGAGAGUGUGAUGCCCAGCGACAGCUCGUGGAACAAGUACCUUGACGAUUUUGGAAUGUAUCUUCAGGAAUGGGAGCUAUUCAAUUCGCAGGUUGUCGACCACUUUGCGACGAGAAAUGCGCACAUUCGGCGCGACCGUGAAUCUAAGGGCUACGCCUUCUUGGGCUCACGCUCAGAGAGUGAUAUUACAGAGUACAUCAGCUGGAUCCAGCAGGACAAUGAUGUGCGCCGACGAUGGAACGCAGCUUGCGAAGGCCACGAAGAACGGUUCAGAGAGUUUAUGGCGUUUCGCAGCAGAAUGAAGAGGAAGAAUGGGCCAUAA